AUGAACAUCCGAAAAUUACUCCAGCGCUUGAACACCAUCAAGGAACACGAAGAUGCGAAUCAAACACCACCCAUAGCCUCACCACCACCAGAAAAGCCAUCGGAGAAGGUGGCAAAAGAAAGCGACCUAGAGAAUGGCACCGUCGAUUCCGAUAGAGUUCUAGACGACCCUGAAAACCCCAAGAACUGGAGUCCGAUGCGCAAAUGGAAGGCGAUCUUUGCCAUGAGCUCCUUCGUCUUCAUGAGUCCUCUGUCGUCGACCAUUGUCGCUCCAGCGCUGCCGGCCAUUGCAUCCGACCUGAACAUCACCCAGCCGGCGGUCGAGCAAAUGGUGCUCUCCAUCUUCCUCCUGGGUUUCGCGUGCGGUCCCCUCGUCGCCAGUCCACUGUCCGAGAUCUAUGGCCGGGUGCGAGUAGUCCAGUCCUGGAACUUCAUGUACAUCGUCUUCAACGCCGCGUGCGGGGGCGCACGCACCAAGGAAGCCAUCAUCGUCUUGCGCUUUGUCGCCGGCCUCUGCGGAAGCGCUACCCUCGGGAUCGGAGGCGGCACGCUCAGCGACCUCUUCUAUGCGAAAGACCGCGGCAAAGCCGUCGCAAUCUACAGCUGGUCGCCGAUCCUCGCGCCACUGGUUGGGGCCGUCAUCGGCGGCUUCAUCUCGCAGAACACCGGCUGGCAGUGGACCUUCUACGCCUCCUCGCUGCUCAGCGUGGCCAUCCAACUGUCGGGCCUAAUCUUCCUGGAAGAGACCUACCCGCCACUCCUCCUCCGGCGCAAGAAGGCCCAACUGAUCAAAACCACGGGGGCGACGAACCUGUACACGGACUACGACUACCUCGACGCAGGGCGGCUAAAGAAGCUGUCGACCAACCUGAUCCGGCCGUUCAAGCUCCUGGCCACGCAGCCCAUCAUCCAGGUGCUGGCGCUGUACAACGCGUACCUGUACGGCAACAUCUAUAUCCUGUACGCGGACUUUGUGGACCUGUGGACGGAGGUGUACGGCGAACGCACCGAGAUCGCGGGGCUGAACUACAUCUCCAUCGCCGUGGGGUCAGCCCUGGCGGCCGAGUGCUGCACCCUGGUCAACGACCGCAUCUACCGCACUCUGACCCGGCGCAACGGGGGCAAGGGCCUCCCGGAGUUCCGCAUCCCCAUCAUGCUCCCCGCCACCCUGUUCCUCAGCGCCGGCAUGUUCUGGUACGGCUGGUCCGCCGAGAAGAAGCUGCACUGGAUCAUGCCCAACAUCGGCACCUCCAUCUUCGUGGCCGGGGCGCUGGCGUGCACCAUCUCCGUGAAUGCGUAUGUGAUUGAUACGUAUGGCCGGUAUGCGGCCAGCGGGUUGGCAGCCGUGUCGACGAUUCGGUGUAUUGCGGGCUUUACCUUUCCGAUGUUUGCGCCUUACAUGUACUCUACGUUGGGAUAUGGGUGGUCGGGGAGUCUGCUAGGCUUCAUUGGGUUAGGGAUUGGGCUCCCGGCGGCGAUGCUGUUGGGUCUGUAUGGGCAGUACUUGCGGGACAGAAGUCCCUAUGCAACCAAAGCCCAUUAG